GUUUCCGGCCGAUGAACAACACUACAAAUUUAUAUCCGCAUUUUUGUAAAUUCCACACCUACACGAAUCGAAGAGGGGAGACUCACUGAGUUUACUCCGCCCAAUUCAUAGCCCGUCUGGCUCGUUAAUCAUAGCCAUGGACCUGGACAUGGAAUCUAUGGCGGCAACGAUCGGAGUCUCGGUGCCGGUUCUACGGUUCCUUCUCUGCUUCGUGGCCACCAUUCCGGUGAGUUUCCUGCACCAAUUUGUACCGGGUCGACUCGGUAAACACGUAUACUCUGCUGCUUCAGGGGCUAUUCUCUCGUAUCUCUCGUUUGGGUUCUCUUCGAAUCUUCACUUCUUGGUUCCCAUGUUGCUGGCUUACGCUUCUAUGGUCUUGUUUCGCUCGCACUGCGGCAUCAUCAGUUAUAUCAUCGGAUUCGGUUAUCUCAUCGGCUGUCAUAUAUAUUACAUGAGUGGGGAUGCUUGGAAGGAAGGAGGUAUUGACGCCACUGGUGCCUUGAUGGUAUUAACACUGAAAAUCAUUUCAUGUGCAAUAAAUUACAAUGAUGGGUUAUUAAAAGAAGAAGGUUUACGUGAAGCCCAAAAGAAAAAUCGGCUGAUUAAGUUGCCUUCACUGAUUGAGUACUUUGGCUACUGCCUCUGCUGUGGUACUCAUUUCGCUGGUCCAGUUUAUGAAAUGAAGGAUUAUCUUGAAUGGACUGAACGGAAGGGGAUUUGGAGUGAGUCAGAGAAAGGACGUUCCCGAUCACCUUUUGGGGCAUUCAUUAAAGCUCUUUUUCAAGCUGCUUUUUGUAUGGCCUUGUAUCUUUAUCUGGUCCCACAUUUUCCAUUGUCCCGAUUCAACGAUCCCAUAUACCAAGAAUGGGGCUUCUGGAGACGAUUAGCAUACCAGUAUAUGUCUGGUUUUACAGCACGUUGGAAAUAUUAUUUCAUCUGGUCAAUUUCAGAGGCCUCUAUGAUUCUUUCCGGAUUGGGUUUUAGUGGUUGGUCAGAAUCUUCUCCACCGAAGCCUCGAUGGGAUUGCGCAAAAAAUGUAGACAUUCUGGGUGUUGAGCUUGCAACAAGUGCAGCUGAGUUGCCAGUUUAUUGGAAUAUACAAGUCAGCACCUGGCUUCGUCACUAUGUUUAUGAGAGGCUUAUACAGAAGGGGAAAAAACCUGGUUUCUUUCAGUUGCUGGCUACACAGACUGUUAGUGCUGUCUGGCAUGGACUAUAUCCUGGGUACAUGAUGUUCUUUGUUCAGUCAGCAUUGAUGAUUGCGGGUUCAAAAGUGAUUUAUAGAUGGCAGCAAGCUGUACCUCCCAAUAUGGCUCUGGUUAAGAAAAUAUUGGUGUUUAUGAAUUUUGCUUACACACAUUUAGUUAAUAACUAUUCUUGCAUCGGUUUCAUGGUGUUGAGCUUUCAUGAAACUCUAGCUUCAUACAGAAGUGUAUAUUAUGUCGGAACCAUUGUUCCUAUAAUACUGAUAAUCCUCGGAAAUAUAAUUAAACCUGCUAAGCCUGCCAGAUCUAAAGUGCGGAAGGAACAAUGAGGUGGAAAAGAUCGUUUCAUUCCUCCCCUUGAAGUAGCAGGAAUUAAUGGGACUGGGAGAAUGGCGGAGAAUGCUUCUUGUGGUUUAGUCACAAGUAAACUUGAUACAUGACUUUUGUUUUGAUCUCAGAAAACUUUCUUCCUUUGCAAAUCUAAUUGAGUCCUUAGCUUUGGGUUUCCAUUGUUUAAAUUAAGAAGCCUGUUUGGUGUGAUGCAGUUGCACUUUUCUGUCCUCUAGUUAUGUUUAAUUGUUAUGGAUUUACACAAUCUGUUCAAUUGUAAGGGAAAAAGAACAUAGAAGAGGAAAUAUCUGAAAUGCUUGACUUGCUAGAAACCUAAUGAAGAUGAGAUUGCCAUACCAGAAAUCUGAAUCCUAUUUUUUGACAU